AUGCAGCCACAGAACAAGGAACUCACCGAGAAAACGACUCACCUAGAUACUAUAAUGAUAGGACGUUUCAAAUCUGAGCACCGACACUGUGGAAACACUUUGACUGACAAUUUUGAGCAGAAGGUAAAUUUCACUCCAUGUGCAGCAGGCGAAAGUGGAAACUGUCUGUAUGCGCUAUGCACUUCACAACCAAGUACUACGGAGACGUUUAAUUUAGGUAUCACUAGGAGGAGUCGCUUAUCCAGGAAUAGGGAGACUUCUUAUCAAUAUAAUACUUUAAUCAGAAAGUUCAACGAAGAAGCACGAAAUUGUUAUUGUGCCAAUAGGAACCGACAGAAUUUUACGUUAAAGUGGACGUUAAAUAGAAGCAAAAAAGUGUCGAACAAAUCAAGAGCCAUAAUUAAAAGAACAGGAAGGAUGUAUCAAAAGAAAAUUCUUAGUAUGAACAGUUCCAUAUCUUCUGAUUUUGUCAGUAGAGGGAAGAAGGGAACAAACAUGAGAAGGUUUGAAGAAGGUAGAUUUAGGCGGCUAAAUGUGCUUAGUGCAAAGAAGGAAAUGCUUUCUUUCAUCAACACAGAUGCUUCUGCCUUGAAGGACAUGUUUCUCGGCAAUAUCCAUAGGUCUGACUCUUGUAGUCAUGGUGGUAACAUAUACGGAGAUCGGAACAAUGAUAUGUGUGUUGCGGCCUUUAAGUGUUGUGAUCACUUUGUUGGGCACGCGAAUUGUGCUAAUUAUAUGCUUGCUGAUGCGACUGUCGGAACUGAGGCAGCCCUUACCCCCAUGGAGGAUCGAAGAGAAACAGAUGGCUUAAAAUUAAAAAUUGACAAUUCCAAUAUCGUUGAUCUGAUGAACGAAGGAAAUACACACAUUAGUGAGCAGAGGGAGAAGAACGAGCACAAAGAAGAAAUAUGCAACUCGUCGCAUGAAAAUAUAAACCUAGAAAGAGGCAAAAGUAAAUGUUCGUGGAAAAAGAAAGGCUUGAAAAUUGAGAAGGAACAAGAAGAUGCAGAUAAAGAUGUGGUUGGAAGAAGCACACUGUAUUAUGGAAUGGAAAACAAAUUGGAGUUCCCAGUUAAUAUAGAAGAGACGAGUCCCUCGAAUAAUCCUCCGAAGGAUGGAAGAUGGAGAAGAAGAAGAACUGCACCCAAAAAUGGAAGCAACGUAUCAGCAUGGAAGAAUGUAAAGAAGGAAUGCAUAUCCAACACAGGCAUAUGUCCUAACGGAUGUCCAGAAGAAGACAUGAACAUUGAAGGCUUAAAUGAUGAGUUCAGUAACCACUGGAGGAACGAUGAGAAAGAGCACUAUGGGGAGGAAAACAAAAUGUACGUCCCAUGCAUUACGAUCGAAGAAGAACUAGAAUUUAAUAAUGCAGGAACCCCUUCAAUAUGGCUCAGAAAUACAGAACCAAUAGAGGAAUUUAAAGAGCAUCCUGAGGAGGAAAGUCCUAUUAAUAGCUGCAAUAAGUGGAAUAUAGUUUCCAAAAAUGUGAACAGAAAUGUAUCUCCCUAUGAAAGCGAAAUAUUUAUUCCUUACGAAGAAAUGGAAAAGGAACAUGCGCCGAAUAAUGAAAUGAUGCAUUCUGGUAUACGCAGGAAUGAACAUAUGUACGAGAGCAAUUUAGCUGUUCCACUUAACCAUUUUAAUGCUCCUUCUCAAGGGUGGAAUUACUACAUGGCGAACAAAAUUGGCACUCAUAGGACGGCAUGUUUAUGUACUGAGGGAGUCGGCCUGUCGAAAGGUACGCAAUGGAAUAGGAACAACUAUAUAGAUAUGGAAUCGUGCAUAGAAGAGCUUUCUGGAAGAAGCAUUUCGGAAGGAAAUUUGUAUGAGGGGCAACACAUAGCGAAUGGUAUUUCAAAUGAACAUGCUUCCAUGGGGAACAUGUGGCAUGGCUAUUAUACGGCAUGUUCCGAGGUAGAGAGCAACCUGGUGGUGAAUUGCCAGGUAAGCAGUCAUGCGGUGGAAGGUAACCCUGUUGGGACAUACUCAUUAGGGAGUUACUGGGUGGACAUAUACCCGGUAGAAAGGUACCCCGCGGAAAUUUACCCGUUGGCAAGUAACUGGGUAGGUAGUAACCGCAUGGAAAUGUGCCCCCCUGGUUGGGUUAUGAAAAAGGAUCAGUGUUAUUCUGUUCCUGAGGUACAUGCAGAAGAAGAGGCCUUCGCAAGCGGAUCAGCGAAUCCAUGGGAGAGAGAGGAGAUGGGAAAGGAAGAACAACAGAGUGCUCAUACGAAUACGUGUUCUUUGUCAAGUAUGAAGAAAGAGGAGUUAACUCUUCCAUCUAACGUCACAAAGAUGGAAAAACAUGUUAAGCGAAAAGUUAAUGUUCACUCAAUACUUAAUAACAACAGAUCGCUGAGUUGCGGAAUGAAGCGGGAAAUAAAAAUGGAAGUGCCAGACACCGGCGUGUACCUUACCCAAGGGGCUACCUCAAAAUUGCACACCAUCGCGGACAGGGAAAGGAGUGAAGCGCCCACCGCAAGGACGAGUAGUAUAAUUCCUAUUCUGGAUAAUGACCAUCUGGCAGAUACGCUAGGCAACCAGUUUGACUUGGAGAACAAUAGGGAGAUGUUAUAUUCCAUUCCGGGAGAAUUGCCCGAUGACCGUCGUUUGGUUUGUCCUCACACGCAUAUGUUAGAUGCGAAUGUAAGUGCAAAUAUACGCGUGGCAGAUGGUACUGCAUGCACAGCCCUGAUUAGGUCAAACACGAAUGCCGGAAUUCUAGUAGUAUGUUCACGUUCACAGGGCCAAGGCGAAAAUGAACUUAUUUUUCCAUAUAAUGACGUGAUACAUGAUAAUAACGAAGCAUUCAGCGAGGUAGCGACUAACUCUUAUUACAUCCCAUACCCCACUUGGGAUAAUUACCCAAAUUUGGGGAUGCAGGAAAAAUUUAGAGAAUAUCAAUAUCCGUAUAUUAGCAGUAUAUGUCCAAAUGAGUGCAUGAGUAUUUCGGGGGAUUAUUGCGCAGACUAUCCUUACAACCGUCCGAUAGAUGUGAACAAUUCUGGGGAGGUCGACCCGAAAUAUUCAAACCAUUAUUUUUAUCCCAGCUGGGACAAUUCCUUGCAAUGUUCCGGAGCUGAAGCUAUACGCAACUACAAUGGGAUAUGCUGCGAUUCCACAUGUAGUUGCAAUGGGGGAAACAUAUGCGAUGAAAACCUGGGGUGCAACAAUGGUGAAUCUUCUCAGGGAGGGAAAAAUUCCCAUUAUACCGACACGUUCUCAAAGCAUGGUGGUAAUUCCUGCACUAGGAACACGUACCAUAAGUUACGCAGGUCCAAAUCCUUAAUUACACAAGGUUACACUUAUUACCAAAAUGAUCCACAAAUGGUAAUAUCAGAUGCUUCAAAUAACUUGAAGGACCAAUACAGUCAAAGGAGUAGUAAGAAAAGAGAUUCAUUUACCAGAUUUUCAGUCAAAGGCGAAUACUAUUCUACUUCGAAUACAAGCAAUACAGACGUUAUCUCGGAAAAUAGUUUUCUCCUUAUCAAAGGGGAUAAUAAUAGCAUAACCGGUCACAUUGGGAGGGAACAAAUGGAUCCAAAAGACGAGACGGAUGUAAUCCCUGAUGGGAAACAUCAAUCCGAUCAAUAUAUUCACAGAGGCGCGUGCAGUGGAACUCUGCAUGAUUCCGCUAGCAAUUUUUCAAGCUAUCCAGUUGUUAACCUUAUGGAAGGGGAGAGUUACAGUCCUAGGAGAUCUGGCAAAUGGGAGGUAAUGCCCCGCACAAGUAAUAACAACGCAAGCGAUGGUUACGGUAGAAUGAAAGAACACGUAGAGCUAAAAUUAGAAUCCCGUAAUGUCCAAUUGGGUAAUCCGGAGGGUUAUGUGGAAGGACUCCUUCCCGGAGAUGAUAAAGGGGGACAUACGAAUGAUAUGAAGGUGAAGGUAAAAAGGGAAGCCUCGAGUGACGUCCAAAGUCGUUAUGAAAGUGGUAAUGAAAGUGACAGCCACCGUGGUGACCAACUGAAUGACCAACUAAACGAUCAACUUUACGACCUGCAGAUGAUAGCUGUCGAUAACGCACACAACACACGUUCUGCAAAGAACGACGAAAGUACGCAUGCAAAGGGGGAAAGUGGGGAAGCGAAUUCACCAAAUUAUUGCAGAACAAAAUGCACAACAGAUGGUAUACAUAAUUACAACAACCAUGAGGUAGGAAAUUUAAGUGCCGACAGAGCAAAUAGCAUCAUCAACAGUGACAAACCUUAUGAUGGUUGCUUUCUGGAGGAUGAUUCCAAGGGAAGCUGCCGGGAUGCUUUAUGUACCAAUGGGGACAAGACAUUUGCACGACAAGAGGCCCCAAAAAAUAUUCUAAAAAAUAUAUCUGCAUGUGAUAGGUGGAAUAGUGGAAAGGAUAGUAGUAAUCUGUGUAGUUACGACUCAAAUGGUAGAAGAGAAUACGAUGCAUGCGGUUAUUUGAGCAGAAUUAAUUUGCCCCAUAUUUCGGAUCAACGUGUGUACAAAAUACGCUACCCCGUGAAUGAUGGGUGCUCAGAUUUUUCCCAUUCCUCAAGGGAGAACAUGCAAAGUAACCACCACAUAAAUAGGAUGGGUACAACUAAUCAGGUAAACUUUCCCUAUGGCGAUUGUUCCAGGAAUUAUGUUAAUGCGGACCCUUCCGAAAGUGUUACACACAUCACUGGUGAUGGUAGUUAUCCCAGAGACAAUUUUUACAAUAUUUCAGAUUACCAACACUCGCCAAAUGGCACAAAUUAUGGGGACAAAUGGAACAAUUCUAGCGGGACAUUUCCAUUAUGGUGGACCCCCUGUCACGGCAACAAUGGAGACAGCUUGAAGAAGCCUCUUUAUUUCCUUCAGGACAAGUUCUCCACUGCGUCGGAUGAGGUGAAACACCCCUCUGUUAACAAGAACAAUACGAAUGAAACAAAUAUGUAUAUGGUAACGAAUGGUACUACUUUAAAGAAGGAGUUAAAAGCAGAUACCAAUUCAUCUGAAGGCACAAACAGUUUUAGAAUAAAAAGCGAAGUGGCAAAUGAGGACAGUAUGAAUUUGACUAAUGUUCCCAUGAGCUCCGAAUGUAACAGUACCCUUGACACGAACACCAAUCCGCUUAGCAAUAAUACAUACAACCUUUUAAGUAUCUCUACUAAAUGUGAUAGCCUUGGUUUUAGUAACGACGAUGGUACCCGCGUUCAUGGUGAAGAAUCCCCCAGUGGAGUAAACCAAGGUGAGAAGAUCAAUACGAUUGUUGUGGAGGAACAGCCCUAUCGUGCGUACAUUCCUGACGGGAAUUCCAAUACGUUUCAAAUAUAUGAAGGAAAUGGAACUAAAGACGGGGAACAAGUCAAUACACAUACAUGGGGAGGAAACCAUUUUGGUACAUGUGUAAUGGAAAAUAUGGAAACAUUUGAAGGGGGAAUAAAUCUGCGAAAGAUGCCGAGUAGCCAAAUGUGUAUACCACGCGUAAAGGACGAAAAUGAGGGGAGCAGUACAGAAAUUGGUUCCCAAAAGGAUGAGGAGAAUGGUGUCGGCUGUACCCCGCAGAACUACGCACGCUGCGAGGGUGAAGGAGAUAUGCACACUAAUGAAGAAAUGAGAGAUGAAGGUAGCAUGAGCGUCAAUACAGGAAUAAAUGAAAGGGUAAACGCUAAUAACGGAGAUGUAAGUACCUAUGAAAACAGAACUCAGGGCACACAUGAUGGGAAUAUUGUGCAGAACUUAAAUGAAAUGGAUACACAUUUGAAAAAUAUGAAUUGCAUGUACACACCCGAGAAAUACAAUUACUUGAAUGAGGCAUAUUUUUUGAGCAACCCUGUGAAUGAAGUAAACUUCCCGAACGGAGUAUGGCAAGAAAGGAAUUCUUUGAAUCAUGCAAACUACGAGGAAUACAUACAACAGUACAGUUACUCCCAUUCAUACAUGUCUGGGAUGGGUGGGAACUUUAACGUAGAGAGGAAAGGGGAGAAUGCAGAUAGGGGAAGCGGGGACAACGAAGACGGUAAAAGCGAUCGUCCGAGUGACAGCGGGGAAAAGCACACUAACGGAGCAAUGCCUCACAGCAUAGGCAUGCCGAUAGAAUGUGCAAAUAGUAUAUAUGACCAUCAGGACGUAAGUGGUUCUGCAUACUAUCCGGGCCAUAUUGCCAAUAACAGCAAUGCCAUUUAUGGCGGUAUGACAGGCAAUGGAGGAAAUGUGCAAGGAAUUUUAGAUCAAACUGGUUUUGAUUGCAUGAAUAGUGCUAUGUACAAUGGUACCUCUCCUAGUGGAGUUAACCACACGGAUAGGAACAUAGUAGCAGGAUACUCCUAUGGAUAUCCAUCUGGGUUAUGUGGCAACUACCCAUAUGGUUACGCAUAUGAAAUGAACACGCACUCAUAUGCGGACGAAAACAAAUCAGUGAGCCAAAGUUGCACGUUGGAGAACACAAAUGGAAGUACAGAGGAUGUACACAACAUAUCUGAUGCACAGGUUGACAGGGUAAGUUGUAAAUAUAUCGAAAGUGACAAUGAUGGGGCAGAUGCGUCGGAUGAAGACACGGAUGAUGGAACGGGUGACGAAACGGAGGACACCGAUCAAGAGAUGAGCUCGGAGAACGCUGAGGAGAAGAAGGCGAGUGUAAGUAUAGUUAACGUGGAGAAUGUGAACAACACUACGGAAGGCAACCCCAUUAUCACUAGCGAAAGCAGAACGACGAUCACAAACUUAGGUAGUGAAAGCAACGCCAACGGGGGGAGCAUCACGCGGGUCACUGAAAAUAGCAGCAGCACUAUGGAGGGAGAAACUUCUCCAAAUGGAGUCAACAGCGUAAAGAGCGAAAGCACCGCAUGCAGCUUUAAUGAAACACACAAAAAGGACAGAUGCAUCGAGAAUUGCAAAGGCGAGAAAAUGGACCACGGAGUAGAAGCGAAAUCGGAAAAAGUAGUGAAAAGAAGAGGAAGAAAAAAAAACAAUUCAGAUGACUUUAAAUAUGCACAUGAAAAAAAAAAAGAAUUACUGAAAAAAAAAUAUAAUGUACAGAAAGAUGUAGUCCUAACUGUGGAAGAGGGGGAUCUAAAACUAAUCGCUGAGGAAAUUAUUAAGAAUACUUCUUUGUUACCAGAGAGGGGACCAUACGGUAGGAAUGCCCUGGAUGCUUCUCACCCUAUUCAUAGCGUGUGGAAAGACACUUCUCGGGGGCAUUCUUCAUGGAGAUGCAGAUGGUGGGAAAAUGGGAAACGAUUAAGUAAAAACUAUAAUGUCAAGAGAUAUGGAGAGGAAGAUGCUUUAAAAAUGGCUAUCAUUACAAAGUUGAGAAAUAGUUCACCAGCAGAUCGUAUCCUUUAUUUGAACCAUCAGAGGGAAUUUCUAAAUUUGUGCUACGCCAAUAAUUGGAUUCAAAAAAGGGAAAGCGACAGGGCGGAGGCAGAUCAAGAUACUGCUAAAAUAACACUCCAGAAGGACGACAUUACGAAGGGAGAAAAAAGGAGCAAAAGAUCAACUACUGGGGACAUGGAUGCACAUGAAACUAACAAGGAAUGUAAUCAGGAAAAAGAUUCAAAAACAAUUCAUUUGAGUGUUCCCUCCAUUACAUACAGUACAAACACUUCCCCUGAUGAUGCGAAGGCACCCCUCCAUGGAAAUAACCUCCGAAGAAAAAACAAACGCACUCUUCUCACGAAUACAAGAAGUAGCAAAAAAUGCCGCACUCUUAAGUGUUAUCCCUCGGGACCGAACACCGACACUAUGAGGCAUGCCCAGGAAGGCGAUGGAACAGACGGCAUAAGCGAAAGAAAUGCAAUGCACGAGGUAAGCGCCCCGAACGCGGUACAUGUGGUGAAUACCCAGGGAGACGUAAAGUUGGAAGUGAUAUAA